UUCCUAUAUAAUCUCAGGCGAUAAUCAAAGAAAUUACACAUAUAACUUGUAAAAACUCUUAAAAGUAAUAACACUCAUUGCUUUGAAUCAUGGAAGCCAAUGGUCGAGAAAAUCAUCAAUACGAAGAAUCAACAUCAGAGUGGUUCGCAAAGUACUUAAACCGCCAAAGUGAUUGGUUAGAAAAAACCAGAGGAAAUCUGAUGGUUACGGCGACGGUUAUAGCUGGUAUGAGUUUUCAAGUUAUGGUUAAUCCUCCCGGUGGCGUAUGGCAAAGUGACAAUUGUUCUUUUGGAAAUCAAAUCGGAGCUCCGAUUUGUAAAGGGCAAGCGGGUACUGCUGUAUUGGAGUACGAGAGUUCCAAGCGUCAAGCCUAUCUUGGGAUGGUUAUUAGUAGUACAGUGUCUUUUUCUGCCUCGAUGAGUCUCAUUCUCCUCGUCAUCAGCGGUUUACGACUAAGGAACCGAAUGAUAAUGGCGACCCUCGUAACAUUUAUGGUGGCGGCGGUUCUCUGCAUAUCGGCAGCGUUCUUUUUCGCGGUCGCAUUGGUUCAAUCUGACGAUCAAAUAAUUCGUUAUAUACUAAUGGUUUAUGUUGGAUUUUGGGUCGUGUUUCCUGUUUUAAUACUCGUAACCCAACUUGUCCGAGUGAUACGUUGGCUUAUUUGUUUCAUAUGUUGUUGUUGUUGCCAACGCCGACGAUCCCCUCGACGAUUGCUGCCACUAGCUCCAUCUCCGGCCCAUUAACGAAGGAGUAGGAGCUAUGAACCUGUGGCUCAAACUCACGUAUGAAAUGAAAUUGGUGUCAGUAUGUAUUAUUGUGAUAACCAUAAUUAAUAUAGGUUUAUAUAUGGGUUUGUAUUGUUUAGUAAAUCAUUAUAAUUAAUAAUCGUCUGUGCUAACUGCAUGACAUUAGCACCUUAUGAAUCGUGAUUAGUCUACUUUUG